CCAAUCCAAUGUUUUAAAAAGCCAUACAAAUAAUCUUAACUUUUUGGGGUUGGUAAUAUGAACACAUUUGAGUAGCAACUCAAACCUUUUGUUGGACCAAAAAAACACAAAAGCAAUACAGUGUAGGGGGAGGACUCAUAGAGCAAUGCAUGUCAUCAUUGACAUCAGGAGGCAAAUGAUGUCAUAGUGAUGUCAAUGCCCUUAAUUGUGAUUGCACACAUAGCUGGUGGUUUUGGAAACAUUUCUGUUAGAGAGCUGAGAUAAAGGGUUUCUUUUGGACCUCUUAAGAACAGAUAUGGCUGUUGCUGGGGAUGAGACUGAGUCAGCUUCCACUGGUGACAUGUCAGGCUACCAGAUCUGCACUCCCACCUCCAGCCUGCCCCAGGGCGUUGUGAUGGCUGGCUCACCAGGCUCUCUGCACAGCCCCCCACACGUGGCUGACGAGACCACACGCAAGAGACAACUCCGCCUCAUGAAGAACAGGCAGGCAGCCAAAGAGUGCCGGCGGAGGAAGAGAGAGUAUAUUCGCUGUCUGGAGACUCGCCUCACCAUGCUGGAGGCCCAGAACAAGAAGCUCAUGGAUGAGCUAAACUACUUUAAGGAAAUGUAUGGGAUUAAGUCGAGUCAGUAACAGUACAGCAUACUGUACAUACACGCCCUGUAGAGACAUGUUYUUUAUGCCUAUCAUAACCAGCUACUGUAUAUAACAUUCCACAGUAAUGUGUUUAUUUUCAAUAAAAUAUGCAAUAUCAAAACACAAUGCCUAUGGUUGUGGCAUUUGCUUUUAAAUUGUUUUAAACAUUCUCAUCGAAGAUCUGUUAUUUGAAAAUGUAUCAGACAAAAUGCUCCCAGAGGUUUAUCUUGAAUGACAAGUGGAGUCUCAGGCCUGCACAUAUAGCAAUGUAUAGGCAUUAUUUUGUAGAGACUAGGGCUUGUAUAGAGAGCUCUCUCUUAAAUGACAUUUUACAAAGAAACUAACCAGCAUAUAUUACUGUUCUAUAAGAGGGAUAAAAAAUACAAAAUAAAAAGUUUAUUGUACUAUUUCAUGAAUAUUUAUUUAGUUGUUUUUUAUUGUUAGAAAUCUUAAAUGCUUCAUGCACAGUGCUUUUUUGUUUUACAUUUCUGUAUUUAAUCUUCGUAAAGAGACGUUUUAUUGGUUGAAUGUAAAUMAAUAUAUACCCUGAUGUCACAAAGCACAAACCUGCCGAGAUUUUGUUCAUAGUUCAUGUGUUUGUAAUGUUGUUAAAAGUUUGUCUAAAACAAUUCAGCUAAGUUAACCCAUGACCCUUCUUGAAUGUAUUUCUCUAAUCUGCACUAUUGUUCAAAUUCAAGUAUAUUGUUUUGUAAGUGAAAAACUCCUUAUAAUGCUUUGAUAUCAAUUUGAUUAUCAAAUAAAKUGUUUUA